AUGCCGUCCCAAGCCCUGCAGACGCAGACCGACAGUGAUGCUUCCAGGCAUGCGAUAGUCGCCUCUCAGGGACAGCUUGGGCUGCACAAUAUUCCGCCACCUGACGAUGAUCGGUAUCAGAUAGGGGACGAAGAGGCUGCCUUCUACAAAGCGCAAACUGGCAUCCAUGAUGAUCGGGAGCUGAAGGAGCAUAUUAUACGCGUCCAGCGCAAGGCAUACAAGGUCGCUCCAUACACUUGCGUACUUGUCUUCGCAUUCUUGCAAUUCUCGGUACACAAACAUCCCGCUUACGACAAGCUCGUCAGGAUCGGUAAUGAGCGUAAGGACGCGAUUCUGCUGGAUAUUGGGGGUUUCUUCGGUCAGGAGGCUAGGAAAGCAGCCGCUGAUGCCGCCUACAAGCCAGAGAACAUCGUGGUGCAAGACCUAUUUGACGGAUUCUUCCCGCUCGGUCACGAGCUUUUCAGAACCACUCCAUCCACCUUCCCGGCUCACUUCGUCGCCGGAGAUGCCUUCGAUGCUAAGGUACUGGACAUAUUCCCGCCUGCAGAGCUGGGGCAAGCCCCACCGCGCCAUGCCAUGACGAAUCUGGAGUCGUUAAACCCUCUUCGAGGCCAAUUCUCCGUCAUAUAUGCAGCGAAGUUCUUUCACCUCUUCAACGAGGAGAAGCAGCUCCACUUGGCGCGCGCACUUGCAGGGCUGCUCUCGCCCGAACAUGGUUCGAUGAUCCUUGGAUCUCAUGCAGGAGGGAAAGAGAAGGGUCUGCUCACCACUGAGAGAGCGGGCACGAGAGUGAGCUUGUUCUGUCAUUGUCCCGAAUCUUGGGUCGCAAUGUGGGAGAGCGACGUGUUCAAGACGGGCCAGGUUAAGGCGGAGGCGUGGUUGAAAGAUAUGGAGUACAAUGGCGAGAUGUAUUGCUUUUUGGAAUGGAGCGUAGUGAGGCUGUAGUACUGUCUUUUUUCAACCAAAAGUUCGCGGGGUGGCGUGGGAAGAUG